AUGGCUUCUGCAACUGUUGUCGCACACGCUCUGCCGGCUCUCCCUGAGGGCUGGUCUGCCGAAAAGGACUUCAAGGCUGUCGGACAGGUUGCUGCCGCCACACAGCGCAGCCUGGAGCCCGUUGGCCCUCACUUCCUGGCCCACGCCCGCCGGGCCCGUCACAAGCGCACCUUCUCCGAGGAUGACCGUAUUCAGGCCCAGGAGGCUGCCAAGAAGGUCGAGAACGAAGAUGAUGGCGAGAUCAGUGAGCCUGAGGACCCCAUGAUGCUUCAGCGUGACGCCAAGGACUGGAAGGUCCUCGGACUCACCAAGUAUCGCUGGAAGGCUACGGAGGACCAGAUCAAGCGCGCCCACCGCAAGAAGGUCCUCAAACACCACCCCGACAAGAAAGCCGCCGCUGGUAUUGUCGAUGAUGACAACUUCUUCAAGUGCAUCCAGAAGGCCACCGAGGUUCUUUUGGAUCCCACCAAGCGCCAACAGUACGAUUCGGUCGAUGAGAAGGCCGAUGUCGACCCUCCCACCAAGAAGCAGCUCGCUAAGGGCAACUUUUAUAAGCUGUGGAGCAACGUAUUCAAGGCUGAGGGUCGCUUCUCCAAGACCCAGCCGGUGCCGGCUUUUGGCGAUGACAAAUCUACCAAGGAGGAGGUCGAGGAGUUUUACAACUUCUGGUACAACUUCGACAGCUGGCGAACGUUCGAGUACCUGGACGAGGAUGUCCCCGACGACAAUGAGAACCGUGAUCAGAAGCGUCACACGGAGCGUAAGAAUGCUAAUGCACGCAAGAAGAAGAAGGCCGAGGAUAACGCCCGUCUCCGCAAGUUGCUCGACGACUGCUCCGCCGGCGACGAGCGCAUCAAGCGCUUCAGACAGGAAGCCAACGCGGCCAAGAACAAGAAGAGAUUAGAAAAGGAGGCGGCCGAGAAGAAGGCUCUCGAAGAGGCUCAGGCCAAGAAGGAGGCCGAGGAGAAGGCUGCCAAGGAAGCGGAGGAGAAGGCAAAGGUCGACCGAGAGGCAUCCAAAAAGGCUAAGGAGGCGGCCAAAAAUGCUGUCAAGAAGAACAAGCGUGUGCUCAAGGGCUCGGUCAAGGACGCCAACUACUUUGCGUCUGGUGAGCCUUCGGCAGCCACAAUCGAUAUAGUCCUCGGUGAUGUUGAGCUCGUCCAGGGCAAGAUUGACCCUGAUGAGAUUGCGGCGCUGGCUGGCAAGCUGAACGGCCUCAAGGUUGCCGAUGAGAUCAAGGGUGUUUGGAGCGAGGAGGUCAAGAGACUCGUUGGCGCUGGCAAGCUCAAGGAGGGAGACGCCAAGUCUUUGGUUCAGUAA